GAUCUUUUGUUCCACGCAUUUGACAGCAGAUACAACUCUGUUUGACAGUCUUGACACGACAAGGAUUUUUCGAACGUGGAGCUUCGUGGCGUUUUUAUGAACCUAAAGUGGAAAGAUUAACCUGCCAUUUACCGAAUAGUUUUCGUAUGAGAAACUACAUCCUAUUUGUCUGAAAUAUAACAGAUACAACAAUGAUCAGAAGGACUAUCUGUUUAAUCUUCAUUUUAUUUGCUGCGGUCUUUGGAGAAACUGAAGAAGAAGUUGGACCAAAACUUUUAGUCUCGAAGCAAAUCCUCAAUAAAUACCUGGUGGAAACCAAGGAUAUUGAAAUAAAAUACUCCAUUUACAAUAUUGGAAAUUCAGCUGCUGUAGCGGUUACGUUGACUGAUAAUGCUUUUCAUCCAGAUGUAUUUGAUGUAGCCGGUGGUCACCUAUUUGCAGAGUUUUCAAGAAUACCCCCACAGUCUAAUGUAUCUCAUGUUGUUGUAGUAAGGCCCAAAAGUUAUGGGUAUUUCAACUUUACGAGUGCUGAAGUCAGAUAUAAAUCUUCAGAAGAUGCUUCCACUGUACAAAUCUCUCAUAGCAGUGAACCUGGAGAAGGAGGUAUUAUUGCCUUCAGAGAUUAUGACAAAAAAUUCUCUUCCCACUGUUGGGACUGGUUGGCUUUUGCCCUUAUGACAACACCUUCGUUAUUGAUACCAUUGGCACUGUGGUACAGUAGCAAAAGCAAAUAUGAAAAACUUGCAAAAUCCAGCAAAAAGCAACAUUGAAAUAUAGAUUUUCAAGAACAUCAAGAAUAUUCAAUUAUUUUGAAUUUGUAUAUUUUCCUCAUAUUUUCAUUUUCAUCUGAAAUUGUGAUUUAUACAUAAAAUGUUUUCUACUUUACAUAAUAUAGGUAUAUAUUAAACAUUGGAAAUUAA